AUGGAUAUUAAAAUUAAAGGUCACUAUGACUUCACGAAUUCUUUAUUAAACAGAACUGCUUUACGUUAUACAUGUGACCGAAACUAUUUCGAAACUAGUUAUGACAUAAGUAGUAAUAGUUUAAACAAAAGCCGAAACAAUUUUCAAGACAAUAGUGUAAAAUUUUUUAAAUUUGUUAUUGAUGAAACUGAAUCACCAAAAAAGGUUUUUUUAAAAACCUGGAUCGAUAAUUGGGCAGAGGAAAAGAAUAUUUUUAACAAAACUGAUAAAAUUCGAGAGUGUAAAAUGUGUUAUGCUUUAACUUUUGCAAAAAAAUAUUGCGAAUAUUGUAUUCGAGGAUAUUUGGCUAGAAAUUACUCGAAAUGGACAUCUGGUGUGGAUGAAAUUGAUAAAUUGAUUCAAAAGUGUCAGGAAAAAACAAUAAGGCCAGAUUAUAUUGUAGAAUGGAUACUUUUUGAGAAUUUUAGCAAACUUGUAUUCAAAACUAGUAGAAGUUGUGCAAAUGUCUAUUUAACAGUUUGGCGCAGCGGCCAGUAUGAUAAGUAG